GUGUGGGGCGAAUCAUUCGAGCGAGCAAGCAUGCAGUACGAGUCGACCCACUACAGAGGCUUGCAUGAGCAACAUUUUAGGGUAGUGGGAGAGUGAAGGGGGGCGGACGGGUUGUGUGGAUAGGGCAGAGAUUGGACGAGUCGAGUUAGGAUGGGAGUGGUGGAUUCGAUGAAGUACACCCUUACCCGUGCAUACGUUCGCCUGGCUCCUGCUUUACACGUCUGCUCCGUUCGCCCAACCACCAGGCCGUAUUUGAUCGAGCAGUCGCUCAAAUGGACACACACAACCAAACGGAACGCGCAUGUCACAUGUGCGCAUGCAGUCAGCGUACGUGAGCUUAAGCCUGCUUAGGUGGUAGUAAAGACCUGACAUCGCCUGCAUUCAGAGCUCCAAAUCCCCACCCACCCACCCCCACAGGGCAGCUGAGUUCGCCUACCUAAUCGAUCAGUUAGACUUACUGCACGUCAGCCCCGUGUACUGUGUUGUUACCCAACUCACCACAUCGUUGCCCCGCAUGUAUGCGGAUCGCACAUGCGCACGCGCGCUUGCUCGCACACCCACACAGGCACGUACAAGCACAUGCACCGGACAUCACACAGCGCACGAGCAAAUCUCACAUGAAUGCAUGCAGGACCUCGGGGAUGGGGCAAUGGGCACCAUUUAUGGGGAAAAAGACGCUGACUGUGUCCGUACGUCAACCGUGUGGUCUUCCAGCUAGCGACCGUCGUGACAUCUGCACAAGUGUGUGACUGACACUGGGCCCAUUCGCGGACUCAUAACAAGACUGAGUGGAGUCCAAGCCCAAAUUGCCCCAGUAAAACAACGUUAUUCUUUAUUUGGCGAUUUUGAUUUUCCCAAUUCUUCAAUCCUACCAAGAUGACUCUAGAGUCUAACCGGUGGUCGGAACCCAGCGCGAAGGCAAGGAAGAUGUCUUCGGAUGAGCAGACAGCGGACAGUCCAACUGGAACCAACCUAUCUUGCACAAACGUGAAAGGUAGUCCGAGAUCGGCCGAAUCCGUCCCCAGUCAUCAUAGGACUUAUGAUAAAUCGGAUUAUGAAUUCACGUCUGAUGACGCCGGAAGCGAAUGCGCGGCCACCACGUGUCUGCCGACAUCUGAUCAGAUGGUGCCCGGUAAAAAACGACCAUUGGACAACGUUUCCCCAUCGAAUCCAACAACAAAAUCUCCCAACGUGGAGGAUAAGCGGAUUCGCAAAUUCAUUUGUCGCUACUGCUGCAAAGCAUUCAGUCUGAUGAAUGUGCUCAAGGUACAUGAACGGAUACAUACAGGAGAGAAGCCGUACAUUUGUGAAAUAUGUGACAAGGCAUUCAAUCAAAGCGGAUCUUUAAACCGUCACAAAAAUACACAUAUGAAGCGAAGUUGCAACAAUCGUAGUUAUUCCUGCCGAUUCUGUCCUCGGCAAUUCCUCCACUCCAGCCAGUUACAAGAACAUGAAGCUACGGAGCAUGGUGCAGUGAGAGUAUCCAACAGUCCACAUGCAGAGGAACAGAGGAACCUCACCUUGUAUGAGAGGAAAUCCCUUUCAGCCAGUGCCACCGAGGCGCUUCCGUCCUGCUGCUCUCCAGCCCACACUACCGCGUCAUCUGCUACCUCAUCUGCUCACUCCUUGGAAGACACUGGUGUCACAUCGAAGUUGACGAGUUCAUUUAACGUGUUUGGAAAGAGUGACGCAAAUAUACUCUCAUUUCCUCCCCUCCCCGUUGGCUUGAAUAUUUUUGCUCCGUCCAACAGCCAAGCUGCAUCCGCGGUGACCAGUUUGACUUUCAAGAUGGACAACACCACAGGAUCACCAAUCACUGCUGCGCCAACGAGUAGACCAAGCGAUUCACUGCAAUGUGACCUGUGUCCACAGACAUUCUCUAACCGGACAGAAUUGGAUAAACAUUGUGCGCAACAUCUGCUGCAACAAAUGGGCUUUACCUUCGGAACUGCUCCAAUCGAUACACACGUGCCUGCCCCGGUGCCAACUAUCGUCCAUCCCAUGAAUCAACUGUUGAGGACAAACCCAUCCCCUUUCCCAAUUGAAGAGAUUCUGCUGAACAUGAUUCAACAUCAAGCUAGACUGACUGUGCCUGCCUCACCCGAUCCGAUCGGGUUACCCUCGCCUGCAUGUACAGACAAACCACAACAAGUGGAGGCAUUGCAUUCGCUAACGGCAGCCUUAUUUCCUGGAGCAGCAGCUGCUGCGACCCUGACAGCAUUGAGUCAAUUAAUUUCGCCAAAUGCUUCCACCAACUCCGUCCCCUUAUUCAACCAACCAUCACUGUUUCCAUCCGCACUGACAAUUCCAUCCGAUACGCAAACUGACCCGAAGUUCGUCCAUCCCCACUUGUUAACUCAACCCUCAUCUGCAGGUGCCACCACGAAUCCCCUUGGUCAGUUACUCCGAGCAAUUGCUGUCACAAACUCGACUACUGCGCCUGUCACCGCCGACCUGCGCUCGUCAUCUCAGGGGACUUUGACAGACGCACGGCUACAUGUUGGCAGUGAACAGGGACUGGAUUUAGCAGUCGGUAAUAGGACAAGGGUAGCGAGACAAGAUCAGCCGCCAUCGGCAACGAUCCAAGUGCCACAGCCCCAGACCACCAAAAUGCCGCCUUGUGUUUCACGGCUGGACGUCGAUUCAUUCCCCUGGUUGGUCAGUCAAGACCUUCUUGUCAAGUCACUUUCCUUUGCCGGUCUAAACAAUCUAUCACCCAGCAUUGGACCACCAGCCAGUGGUUUUCCAGUAAAGGUAUCCAGCACUCAGCUUAUCAACAACUCAUCACCGUCCCCGAACCCAUCCACGUUAAUCGCUGAUAGUCAUUCAACGAAGGAGUGUUCGACCCAGAGAAGAGCCACUGCAACCGUUGGUUCUCCUCGAGGAGACCAUGAUCUCAGUGAAGCUGCUGAAAUGAGUACAGUCGACUCGCUGCUUCCGAAGGAGUCAAGCACUGCGUCGGAGACAGCUACACCAUUCAACUACACCUGCUGUGACAACGGCUUCCCAUAUACAGUUUCAACAGAGGCUCGAAGCAGCAGAUAUUCAGGUGUUCGACCUCACAAUCGAAGAUGUUCUGACAACACAGUGCCCCCACACACUUUCGUGGAUCAGUCCUGCAAAGUAGCACCUGGCCGGCACGAUCUUUCCUCGAUAAACAAGACUCCUACUAGGCUCGAGAAGGUCACAAAUGGACCAAAUCACAUUACAGCUGGGGAAACUUUGGAUAACUCCAGAAAUCAAGAAGCCAUUGAUCCUGGUGACGAAGGUGGACGGUUUGCAGAACCGAGAGACGUGUACGAAUUCCCGAGUGGAGAAAUGAGACGAGAAUCCUUCGAUCGCGCUCCACAGUGGUUUCCAUCGAGGCCACCAAUACAUCUGGAUCCAACUCGGUCGGAAAGAGGUGAAGAGAGGUCACUUGGAUCGAAAAAUACCAAUCCAACGUUAAUUUCCACGGAGCAUGGGGAUGGCAACAGCGCUGUGCAACAGUUAGAGCCGUCGUUUACACAAGGAAAUGAGAAUACCGCUUUGUUGUCCCUGUUGAGACAUUUUCAGUCUGAGAAAGUGCUGUGGGCUUGUGAAGCGUGCCAGAUAUAUUUUUUGGACAGAGGACUUUGGCAACUUCAUGUAGAUUGCAUGCAUUCAAAUGCCGGACGCUUCACAUGCGCCGCGUGUUGCGAGGACCAGAAAGAUAGCAGGCGAUUUCUGAGUCAUUUCAUCCAGAUGCACCGGCCAGCAACUGCUGAACGCGGAUCAUCAAACAAGGUGGGACAUUCGAACAGUGAGGCCAGUAACUGUCUGGAUGACCUGCUCCAUGAAGAGAAGGGUUUUCGUUCCUACAAUUAUGAUGACAAAUCUACCGAACCAGAGCAUAUCUAUGCUUUGGAGAUCGCUGCUUCUGGUAACGGCCGCAGUGCGGAUACGUCUGGUUGGACAGCUAACGGGAGCCGUAAUGGCCGUAGUGAGCGUCAUAAUAGCGGCCAGCGAGGCAUUAAUGCUGAGGAAUUCGCCAGCUCACCAGAUGGGAGGCAGGUUGAACCAGAGAGUGCACCCCGACUACGCUGUAUUUCUUCAAAGGAGGAGAAGUCAGACUCCUUAAAGGAACUCAGUGGUGUAUUUACACAAUCAUAAGGACAUUGGCAUGAGAUCCAUACGUUAGUUUUGCCUCAGUCGCAGCUGGUAAUCUUCUUACCCUUGUAAAAAUUUUCUCCGUCUCAGGUAUUGUACAGUACUUUCUGCUGUUUGCAGAUCCACUUGUUUGAGUAUUCACGCCGAUUUGCAUCGAUCUCAUAUGUGUUCCCGUACCGCACCAAGAAAUACUCACAUUCUCUGUUGUCAGAAGCCGGUGCACUGCAGCUGGACUCGUGUGGAGUUUAUAAUCACAUCCAUGGCCUUUCCGGAAUCUGACGUUACUUCCAGUGAUCGGUUUUCUGUUUACACGAUUUUAUCGAUUUUCUACCGUUUCUUUUGACAAAAGUGGGGGAUUGGCCGAGAACACAUGGAAAGCUCUCAUGGGAUCCCUCUUUCCUCUCCUCCUCCUCUUCUAUCUCCCAAACAGUUCUGCAUGAUCUCGUCCGACCGCUUCCAAUUUUAAAAUAUAAGAUUUCUUGCUAU